GAGGCGGAGAGAGGGAGGCGGGCUCCCUUUCCCCUUCCGGCGGGAGGCCGAGCUGUGCGCGAUGGCGAGCGGGGUUAUUAAAUGCAAGGCUGCUGUUGCCUGGGGGGCAGGUAAACCUCUCUCUAUCGAGGAGGUGGAGGUUGCUCCACCAAAAGCUCAUGAAGUUCGUAUCAAGAUAGUUGCCACUGCUGUCUGUCACACUGAUGCCUAUACUCUGAGUGGUGCUGAUCCCGAAGGAUGUUUCCCUGUCAUCUUGGGACAUGAAGGAGCAGGAAUUGUGGAGAGUGUUGGAGAAGGAGUAACAAAAGUAAAGAAGGGGGACACUGUUAUCCCUCUAUAUAUCCCCCAGUGUGGAGAGUGCAAGUUCUGUAAAAAUCCUAAAACAAACCUGUGCCAGAAGAUAAGAAUUACUCAAGGGAAAGGAGUCAUGCCUGAUGGCACCAGCAGAUUCACCUGCAAAGGAAAGCAGAUUUACCACUUCAUGGGGACCAGCACCUUCUCAGAGUAUACUGUGGUGGCUGAUAUCUCAGUAGCCAAGAUAGAUGCUGCAGCACCUCUGGAUAAAGUGUGCCUGCUGGGUUGUGGCAUCUCCACCGGCUACGGGGCUGCUGUUAACACUGCUAAGGUGGAGCCUGGCUCUACAUGUGCUGUCUUUGGUUUAGGAGGAGUUGGGCUGGCAGUUAUUAUGGGCUGUAAAAUAGCAGGAGCAUCCCGGAUCAUUGGCAUCGACAUUAACAAGGAUAAGUACGCCAAAGCCAAGGAGUUUGGAGCUACUGAGUGCAUCAGCCCUCAGGACUCCAAGAAGCCCAUACAGGAGGUGCUGGUUGAGAUGACUGAUGGUGGUGUGGACUAUUCGUUUGAGUGCAUCGGCAACGUUGGAGUCAUGAGGGCUGCCUUGGAAGCCUGCCACAAAGGCUGGGGAGUCAGUGUGAUUGUUGGAGUAGCUGCUGCUGGCCAGGAGAUCUCCACACGGCCAUUCCAGCUGGUAACUGGGCGGACAUGGAAAGGGACCGCGUUUGGAGGCUGGAAGAGCGUAGACAAUGUGCCAAAACUGGUGACUGACUACAUGUCCAAAAAGAUCAAGGUUGAUGAGUUUGUGACACACACCCUGCCUUUUGACAAAAUUAACGAGGCUUUUGAGCUGAUGCAUUCAGGAAAGAGCAUUCGAACUGUCUUAAAACUUUAGAGCCAAACAUGGAUGUAGUUGGCCAGCACCAUGGUAACUGCCUUUUUAAAAUGGAAUUUUUGAUAGAGGAGGAAUCAAGCAAAUGAAAAUUCACUGGGACUAGGAAGACUACGUAUUUUAGGGUGAGCAUUCUGAGUAUUAAAUAAUAAAUAAUUGUUAACCACUGAAUAGCAUUACAGAAUCAGUCUUGGCUGUGGAACUUCUAUUUCUGUACUCCUUCAAAUUCAAUAGUGGCUAACUCAAUCUACUUAAUAAAAGCUUAUUUCUAAACACA